UUGUAAUACCAAGGGUUUUGUCGGUGAAACAUCUUUCCAUUUAAUCUGAAGAGGAUCACGGCAUUUGGAAGAUUUUUCGCUUAUUUCGCCCCAAGCCUUACUAUGGUCGAGACAAGAAGCGGGCUACAGUUAGUCAUGUUGAUGCUCGUGUGUGGUGCAGCACGUGCCAUGUACAAUUGCAGUUGUUCACAGCGAUACGACCGGGUUACUUGGACUGGUGCUGACGUUGAUUUUGGGUGUUCCGAGGUGGACCAGAUGCUAAAAGACAGCGGCAAAUACAUUUCGAAAAAUGCCAUUGCCUUGAGAGCGCAGAUCUACCGAGACGAAGUGUACUUGGCACUGCCCAGGUUCAAGUCAGGUGUGGCGAGUACUUUGGCGAAGACUUGCCUGACACUCAACACGUGUCAAGCAAAGCUGGUACCGUAUCCUUCCCUAAAUUUCCAACUAGAGGGCAAAGCCAAUGAAAUCCAAAACGCCGUCGACCUGUUCAUCGACUGCCAAGACGUACUUUGGGUAUUGGAUACGGGUAUUAUCUACACACUGGACAGUUGCCCUCAGAGAACUGGUCCGCCUACCAUAUGGGCUUUUUCCUUAUGCACCGGAAAGCUGCUCAAGAAGAUCGACCUGACUUGUCUGACGACCCCCAUGAGUCGUUUGCAGUAUUUGGUGGUCGAUUACGGCUCCUGCGGCAAGUGCUUCGUGUACGUGUCGGACGCGGCCAACAGGGCUCUGAUCGUGUUCGACGUGGCGGAAAAUAAGGGCACUAGGGUGGUGUUACCCAAGGCGAUCACGGCCGGCUGCAGUAAAAGGGACGUGCUCUACAUAGCACUGAUGCGGAGCGAAUGCGGUCCUUCGGCGCUUAUCGUCACCUAUCUGUCCGGUACCCGAGUGUUCACCGUGAGGACAGAAUACCUGAGAUCCGGAUCCGCUGGCAAAAUCUUAGACAUGGGGCCGAAAUCCGACAAAAUGGUGAUUUUGGGCGUGGACGGCGGCACGUCGAUGUUCUUCAGGUACGGCGGGGCGUCAGACAUUUACAAAUGGGACGUGGGUAAACCUUUUAACUCUGACAACUUUGUCCUCGUCUACCGGCCCGAUUCAUGUCUCUUGGCCACACAAGUGAUGGUCGACUACGAGCGAAACCGUAUGAUGGUGUUGGAGAGCAACUUCCCGGACUUUACCAACAAUAACGUCGGAUGCGGUAUAAUGCAAACCAUAAGGGCGCUCGAUGGAUGCAGUUGAUCACAUGGGAAAAAUGGAAAAAAAAAUAUUAAGUCGACGGUUAUAGUGAUUGUUAUAGUGUUUGUUUAAUUUUA